GUGACUGACGUUAUGAAGAAAGCGUGUAGACCAUUACGGACACGGUAGAUUAGACCGUUAUCCCGUACGCCAUUAUUUAGGGACGCUAACUUUCAAUAAAUACACUUUCCGGAAAUGUUAUUUAAUCCGACCGGGUUGUCCGAAUGUUUACAGGAAUGGGAGGAUCUGGAAAAAGAUUACCAACAAGUCCAGGAGACACAUCGGCUGUAUAAACAGAAGCUGGAGGAAGUUUCGAAAUUGCAAGACAGCUGUUCGUCCUCUAUCGCACGCCAAAGGAAAAAGUUAAAGGACCUCUCCGAAGCUCUGGACGAGUGCAGAACCGCAGAAAGUCCAGAAGAUGUCAAUAAAAUAGUAGAGAUCCAAGAGUCAAUGAGAGAAAGACCUAAUGUCUUUUUUGAAAUGGAGGCCUUCCUGCCAAAGAAAAACGGGUUGUACCUCAGUCUUGUUCUUGGAAAUGUGAAUGUUACGCUUCUUAACAAGCAGGCCAAGUUUGCCUAUAAAGACGAGUAUGAGAAAUUCAAACUAUACUUGACUGUUAUUCUCUUGUUGUUCUCAUUCACCUGUCAGUUUUUGAUCAGCGACAGGGUUGUAGAUGCCCUUUUCAACUUCUUGUUGGUGUGGUAUUACUGUACAUUAACAAUAAGAGAGAGCAUUCUCAUUAACAAUGGCUCCAAGAUCAAGGGUUGGUGGGUGUUUCAACACUAUGUUUCAACAUUUCUUUCUGGAGUAAUGCUGACCUGGCCUGAUGGUGAACUCUACCAGAUGUUUAGAAAUCAGUUCUUGUCAUACGCCAUGUUUAUAAAUUUUGUUCAGUUCUUGCAGUAUUACUAUCAGAGUGGAAGCUUAUAUAGACUUCGAGCUCUUGGAGAAAGACACAACAUGGACCUCACUGUUGAGGGGUUUCAGUCCUGGAUGUGUAGGGGUCUGACCUUUCUCCUGCCUUUCCUUUUCUUCGGCCAUUUUUUCCAGCUUUACAAUGGAAUAACACUCUUUCAAAUGGCCCGACUUCCAGAAUGGAAAGAAUGGCAGGUUCUCAUGUGUGGCUCCACGUUCCUUGUUUUAUUCAUGGGUAACUUCUUCACCACUCUUGGUGUUGUUUACAACAAAUACAUGGAUCAAGACAAGACCAAAGCUUUAUGAACAUGACACAAUAGCACUAAACUAUUUAUGAAAGCAAUUUAUGUUUUAUGAACAUCUUUUUUAUGUAAGCGAGGGAUGGAAUGAUUGUGUUGUUUAUGUUAAAUGUAUGAGUAAUAGUUUAAUAGAAUUUUAGUAAAUAUUCUCAGGUGGGUGUUUUUGUUUCAGCCUGGAUAAGUGAUGAUUUUUGUAAAUUUGUCACAAAGCAAAAGAAGUGAACAGUCUUUGCCAUAAAAUAUUGAAUACAUUGUUCUUUUUUUGUUAAAUGGAUUUCAAUGUCAUGAAGUGUUUAAUUUCAUAUAUAAAUGGAAGAUCCUGACCUCAGAAUCUCAUAACGGUGUGUGUGUUAGUUUAAUGAUAAAAUUAUUUCAGCCUUCGUUUAAGGCAGUCAGAAUAAGGCAAUGUUUGUUUAAGAGAACCCAGCUAGAACAUUAAUAUUAUUUUCUAUCACAACCAUUGUGUUACAGUGUCAACAUAAGACUAUGUCCACACCUAUGUUUGAGUAAGGAGAAAUGUGCAAGCAUUGACAAUGAUUUUCACAAUUGACAAAAAGCCCUGACAAAUAGAAAUGGAAAGUACAAAUUUACAAAAAAGCCAAUUUGCAGCUUUACUUAGUUAUGAAGUAGAUCAUUUAAACUUCAUUUAAGUAAUGGUUUCUUGAUUUAUAGGAUUUCCUAUAAAACUCAAGUUGUCAUGUGCUUGCCAAAUAACCCGCAUAACGCUAAGAAUGUUAAAUCAAUUGCUCUAAUAAAAUAAAUUGAUAUAA